AUCUACUUUACCAAUUGACCACCUGGUCUUAACUACGUAACAAGCUGCGCGCCCUAAUUUCAUUUCUUUCCACAUUUCACUGAGCUCGGGUUCCGCUUCUAGAAAGGGAAGAAUGAGCUUCUCCGGCAUGGAGGAGGAGGACGAAGCCCCAGACGUCUUGUGCCACCUCGAAAACGUUCAAGGCUUAGUCGACGCCCUCACCGCCGUUCGAUGGAAGCGCCACCAGGACGCGGUUUUAGAACUGUCCGAACACGGCAUUGUCUUGAUCGUUGAAGAAAGCGGUUGCCUCCAAGCCAAGGUUUAUCUCAAACGAGAGCUUUUCAUUCGCUAUGAUUACAACGCACAAGCACGACCUCGUUUCGGGGUGAGUUUGGGGCUUUUUGUGGAUUGCUUGAAUGCUUUCUCGGUUCAUGGCCACUCCAGUGUGAUUCAGAUUCAAUAUCCAGGUCCUGACAUGCAGGUUCUUCUCAAAUCUGUAGAUUCGCCGGAUGCCAGUAUUUGUGCAGAGAUCAGAACAAGGAUUCCUGAUACAGUUGCGUGGGACUACAAUUUUGAACCUGCUGGGACAAACCCUUUAACCUUCACUGUUAAGUCUGCAGCUCUAAAGGAAGCUAUUGAGGAUCUUGAAUGGCCUGGAUCAAGCAUACAGAUAAUUCUAGAGCCCGAUCCUCCUUCUGUCACAAUGAGAGCUGAAGGACAUGGAGACUUGCAGAUAGACUUCAUGUAUUAUGUGAAUUCCGAUCUCUUGGCAGCAUUUCAGUGUGACAAUCACACUUCUUUCAAGUACAAAUAUAAGUUCCUCAGAGCAACAACUUCUAAUAUACCUAACAGUGUUAUUAAAGAAAACAGAGGAAGCAAGUUAAGCAUUGGGAGAGGAGGAAUGUUAAAAGUUCAGCAUCUGGUUUCAAUUGCCAAACCAUCCGCCUCACACACACAUGUCGAUUCUGCAGGCUAUCAACAACCAGGUCGAAUAGCUCAUAUUGAAUUCUUUCUGAAACCAGAGGAAAGUGAGGACUAAACGAAUGAUUAAUAGGCAGAAUCAAGGAAAAAUGUGCAUGAUCAUUUUCAAUAUGUUGCCUUUCAAACCCAUUCCAAAAAAGGUUCUCUAAAAGCUUUCUUUGUAUAGUUAUAAACCACUAAUUUUGCAGAAGAAAAUGUCUUUAGUUGUCUUGCGAAUAUGCAAAGUGGCUUGUUUCUCAUCAAACAGGUAGUUUAGCAGGAAAUUCCCGUUUCAUGUGUUUACUUUCAUUUUCUUGUUCAUAGCUCAAGCAGCAAUUCAUCCAUCAAAUGUAUGUUUUUAAUCUUUGGCA